CUAUUUCUGUUUUUGGUAGUCCAAACUUGACAUGGCGUGAUGUUCAACAUAUCAUCGUACAAACUGCUCGAGUGCCAGUAGCAGACGAAGAGGGUUGGGCUUUUAACGGCGCAGGUCACCACUUUCACCACAAAGUUGGAUUCGGAGUGAUGGAUGCCGCCAGAAUGAUCUACCUAGCGCAAAAUUGGACUCUUGUAGCUAACCAACAUCAAUAUAACGUACCAUCAACAAAGGAAACCAUUCGUUUGACACGAGAUGGCAGCACUACAAUAGGAGUGACUGUGGACAAAAAUGCCAUGACCGUUAAUAAUCGGGUUGACCAUCUGGAGCACGUUUUGGCUACAGUAAACAUAACCUCCAAGAAACGAGGAGACAUGGAAGUACAUUUAGUCUCUCCCUCAGGAACGAUUUCGAAUGUUAUGACGAAACGCCCUUUAGAUACCAGUGACAAAGGAUUUUAUAUGUGGGAUUUUAUGAGUGUCCAUUUCUGGGGGGAAGAUCCUCAUGGUCGAUGGCUAUUGAAAGUUAAACACAGUGGUAAAUUUUUCUCCACAGUUGUAAUUCAUUAUUUCUCCCUGACACUGUAUGGAACAGCAGAAAACCCACUUUCAGAAGAUGGCCUGCCAAUUGAUAACUCACGCGUUAUUAGUAGAAAUGUAUUGUCGACCAUUACUACUUCUGAAAAACGGUUGUCCAAAAAAGUCCACCUUCUUCCUCGGAAUACGUCUGGUUUGUUAGAAGAUUCCGAUAGUGUAUUGCACAACAGUUCCGCAUUUGAAAACAAAACACUUGAAACCUCAGUUGACCAGACUGAGACUACAGCUUACAAGAGUGGGCCACAUUUUCUCAUGACCACAACACUGGCAACUCCAAAAUCCUCUCCAAAAAUUAACACACAUCUCAACUCCAAAAAUAAUUCUAUUUUGAACAGAUCAUUUUUUGACUUGUUUAAAAAUAGGGCUCUUGGUUCACCUCGAAAAAAGCCGGAUACAAUAUUUCAAACGACGGAACCUUCCAAAUUGAGAAUUAAAUCAAACAGAAACCCAAAAAAACGUCUCCCGAAGAUAAGGUCUGGUAAAGACCGAUUUGAUGAAGUAAUGGGUGUUUCUAGAUCGACUUUAGUUAACUUCCUGAAUAAAUACACCAAAAGAAAACACACCUUGAAACGAUAUUACAAAUGUGUAAAACAUCCCACGUACUGCAGAUAUUUUGCUUAUAAACCAAAAAAAGAGGAGGCUGUUAAACUUUCAUCACCAGUUCGUGAAUAUGUUCUUAAAGACCCAGCUUUCGGAUAUGCAACGCAAUCUGAAUCACGCGAGGGGAAACUUAUUCGUAAGAAACUGAAAAGAAAAUACAUCUUAGAAAUGAUGAAACGAUUUACUAUUUAUUGCCACUUUCUACGUAACCAUGACAACCAUCGUCUGCAUUUCUCGUCGGACAGGCACAUACCCGUCGAGCAAGUCCGUCCGUAUCGGUACUUUAUAUAAACAGUGAUAACUUUCAAGUGCAACCACAAUAAGGUAGACAGAAACAUUUGAAAUAGUAUAGGCAAUAUAUAUGACUGUUAAUGUCACAUCCAUGUUGGAAAGAAAUUUAACGAGAAAAUUAAAAAAACAGUAAGUUAAAGUA